AUUGUGCCAAGAGGAAGUAAAAACUCCCUGCAUACCUACAUUGUGUCACUGUGAGACAGGUUCCUUUGAAGAAUGAAGAUGGAGAUGCUCCCAGGAGGAUUCUAGAUUUCUUCAAAGCUACUGACACAGAGACUUGGCACUGACAAGCUAAGCGACGUGAGACUAAAACUAAACGGUACAAUAGACGAGGUUGGUGCGGGAUGUUUGAUGGGUUGCCUAUUGUCCCGAACAACUUUUUGGUGCGUACGCCACUGAGCUGUCAGCGCGGGCCAAAACGUCAAAGAACGUUGUGGGUGGUAAAGGAAGAACCAGAUCACCACAAAUACAAAUUUUUGAUCUCAACGUAAACAUAAUUAACGCUAAUUUAUUAAUUAAAUGUUUAUGUUUAGUUCAGUGACUCGUCAAGUGGGCUAAUUGGCCAUAAUGAAUUGAUCGUGGUGUACGCGAACCGCUUCCCAUCGAAUGCCGCAAUGGGUGGUUUAUUGAGCAGCAGUCUCGUAAACUCGAAACACAUCGUGAACAACGUGACGCAAUUCGUGAUCGGAGGAAAGCGAAAGCGAGUCGAAACCGAAUCGGACGAGGAGAUUAACAAGGUGAUCGACUUGGCGCUGCACACCCCGAAACGAAAAAAACUGGUAACCACCGCUCAGUAUAUCUACCAAACUUUAUACGAGGAAGGUAAGAAUUCGGACUUGACGGUCGAGGCGUUGGGCCAUCAGUUCCACCUGCACCGGAUAUAUCUGUGUCAAAGUCCGUACUUUGCGAGCAUGUUCGGGGGCGCCUGGUUGGAGUACGACAAAAAGUAUGUCGUUAUCGACAUAAUCGAUCCACAAAUAACGAUCGACUCGUUGAAAAUUGUGUUCGGUUCCCUCUACAAUGACGAGAUUACGUUAAAUCCGACGGAGAUUGUACCGAUCUUGGCUAGCGCGACGAUGUUUCAGUUGGACAGUAUUAUUGACAAGUGUCGAGAGGUGAUGAUCGAAACUAUCAAUCCAAAGAGCGCGAUGUUGUACUACAACGCGGCCUGUCAAUACGCCGACAAAAAGCUACAGGAGACUUGCAUGCAAUGGUUCCUAGUGAAUCUAAUGACGUUCUACUAUUACGGCUCGUUAUGCUACCUGCGUACGAUUCCGAUACCGCUGAUGACGAGGCUCGUCGCGAAUCCGGACCUCUUCGUCGUCCAGACGGAGUUCUCGCUGUACGUCAUGCUGAAGUUCUGGAUGUACAUGCACGUGCAUCCCGAUUUGACGAGCGACCCCUCGAUCAAGGACAUCAACACGUUUUAUUCGUCGCGAACAGACGAGAAUCCCUAUCUGUUAACGAAGCAGGGCGAGGAUUUCAUCUUGGCGUUCCAGGGGUUGCGCGUGCACAACCUGAUCUCGCAUCACAUGGACGUCGAGGCGGUGCAACGUGACAAUAUCAUACCGAGAAGUUGGCUCAAUCCGGCCGUGUUGAAGCAGUGGAAGAUUAUGCUCAAGGUGAACCAGAACGAGGACAAGGGUCCGUCGGGCGAGCUCGUCGACGAGCUGUUUCUAAGCAAGAGUUUGCGGUGCGGCCGAAUUCUGAACGAGAAAGAUCGACACAUGUGGCGAUGGACGGGUUUCCAUUACGGCAUGGAUCUCUUGAUGGUGACCGAUGGGGCGUCUCUGUCGAUUAAACGCAACCACAGGCCCGAAUUCGAACAGCUGCUCAGUUUUCAGACGGUGCGCCGUUUGGCAAUCAGAGUUACGGUCGCCACUUUGAACGAGCAGCGCCAGAUGCUCUUCCGACAGACGACCGGCAUCAAGAGCGUCUCCCUCUCGAAAACCGAAGAGCUGCAGCUGAUGACUUUCGACAAGGACAUUACGUUCCCGUUGAUCAUAUCCGCGAACAUCCUCUUCACGUCGCCCGAAGACGUCGUGACGCAGGACGCCGUCACGCAGACGACCCAUUAGAAUGUGAUACAAAUUAUUUAUUUUUUUUUUACGGUUUGGGAUAUAUUUGUUGUUUUUUUUUUUGUAUAUAACGCCCAAGGACGAAUCUACCAUUAUGGCAUUUAUUUUAUAGUAAGUUACUCGUAAAUUGAUCCGUUUCAGUUCCUGUAUCUUAAGAGGUGUGCAUGUACUUAGCGAUAUUUAUUUUCCCUUUUCAAAGGCUACAUUCCAAAAUUAGAUCGGUUACUUUUUGAAAUUUUGAUGUAUAUUUGGGUGCCAUCGAAUGUUACCACUUUUUAUAUAUAUAUAUCUAUACAUGGCAGCAUAUAAGGUACGUUCACACUGUAUGCGUAUCUUUUAAGUGCUCUUACUAAUGCUAGUCAACUUUGCUUUUGCAAUUAAUAUAUUACUUACCUACAGUGUAUAAUGUAAAUACAUUAUAUUUUCUAACCUUCAAGUAUUGUUCAUUAACUUUGUUCAUAGUCGGCUAACGUGGUAUAUAAAUCACAACUGCCUUGUUACGAAAGUCUAGAGAACGCAAUUAAAGGCUAUUGAUAACUGUUAA